GUAAACAUUACUGAUGGUCUUUCGCAGUUAGUUUGUAUUGACUGUUGUGUUCUCUUGAAUCAAUGCAGUGAUUUUUAUAAACAAUCAAAUAAAGCACAAGAUUCAUUAAGACAAUCAUUAAUUGGAUUGAAAGAUAAUAACAAUCAUUUUCCACAUCAGUCUGUAAAUUUAAUUGAUUCUAGUACAGUAUCAAAGUAUGAAAAAAAAGAAAAAAUUCCAUUUCAAAAUAAAGUUACUGAAGAAACUGAAAAAGAAUUAUCAAGUCAACAAAAUGUUUCUCAUACAGUGGUUAAUAAAAAUAAUGAGUCAAGUAAUUAUUCAAAUAUCAAUUCCGAUGAUGGUAAAUUAAUAAAAUGUGAGAAAAUUAAAUUAAAUUUAGAUAUUGAGCUUGAAAAAACUAGUGAGAAAAAUGUUGAACAGAAAAGAAAACAAGAAAAAGAAACAAUAAGCUUAGAAAAAUAUCCAUGGCUAUGCACUGACUGUAAUGACAAGCUUUCAAGCUUGGAGAUGCUUGAGAAGCACCACAAAAUUGUCCACAAUCAGCAGCCCAAAUAUAUGUGCGUUCAAUGCUGUAAAGUAUACGAAAAGUAUUAUGGAUUUUUGACUCACAUAAAACGACAUAAAAUAAAAUCAAAAUAUAAUUGUGAUGAAUGUGGAAAAUCAUUUACCCAUAAAAAAGUAUUAGAGUCACAUAGGUCAGUUCACAGCGAGGAUCGUCCUUAUGUUUGUCAAACUUGUAACAAAUCAUUCAGACAACAGAGUGCGUUAUAUAUUCACAGUCGCUGUCAUUUGCCAGAUACUAUGAAAAAUAGAUACCCUUGUGAUCAAUGUGAUAAGAGAUUUUCUACAAAACCGAAUCUCGUUACGCACAAACGUAUUCAUUCUGGAGUAAGAAAUUUCACUUGUGAUCAAUGUGGAAAAAGUUUUAUACAAAAAGGCAAUUUAGAAGCUCAUUUUCUUACUCACUCUAAGGAUAAACCUUACGUUUGUACGCAGUGUCCGAAGGCAUUUAAGACGCCACUUCAAUUGAAGAAACAUGAAACUGUUCAUACUGGUGCUAAGCCGCACCAAUGUACUAUUUGUGGUAGGACAUUUAGAGAAAAGGGAACUCUAAGAGAGCAUCAUAGAAUUCACACUGGUGCAAUGCCAUUUACUUGCGAAUUUUGCGGUAAAAGUUUUAGAUUCAAAGGAAUUUUAACGACCCAUCGCAGACAACAUACUGGAGAACGUCCUUAUUCUUGUCUUGAGUGUUAUUCAAACAGUUUCUCGUCAUAAUAGCUCUCCACAGCCAAUUAUUGUUCAAGCAGUACCUUCAACAGCUUAUCAAGCCAAUCUGACAACAAAAGAGAAUAUUACUACUACUAAUAAUUCUACUGUUACUACUACUACUGCUAAUACUACUAAUACUACUACUGCCACAGUAUUUAAGGACAAAGAUGGUCGAACUUAUUUUAACGGAGUUUCAGCGACACUUGAAACUUUUAUACCGACUCAUUUGCCGUACAAUGUUUAA